CUGAAUACGAGACUGAGUGUGUGAGAGGGCUGUUGUGUCUGUGGAACGCACUGCGUGGGGGUGUUCGCUACUUCGCUUGAUGUCAUUCGGUUAAAAGCAAGGGGCAGGGUGAACGUUGGAAAGCAUAACCACAACAUUUCGUUCACCGUUUGGAGCGGCUGUAACAAUAUCAUACAAUUCUACGAAACCCACAGACCCUGCUCGAGCUGCCUUGGUUCCGAGUUCGCUAUGUCUGCCCGAGAGCUUGCUAGCUAGCGGACUUAUAUACAGAUGCCAUUCCAGCAGCGUAGAAGAAGGGGCAUGAAUAAGCAAGACGGAUGAUGGGCUCUCGUUUUCCUGACGGGUAGCUGACGUUAAAGCUUGGCUGAAAACAAGGACAUUAAAUUCAUUUUUUUCCCUCUGCCGAGUUUUUGUUUGUGAGAUGCUUUAAUCGGGCUUAUUGAAAUGGGGUUUCGUGCGUCAAGCAGCCCCUGGGCCGCUGUUCGACACACGGUAUCCGAUUCUGAGUGUGGGAAAUAGCUAUCCUGCUGGACGCAGUUUCCAAAUGCGGCUGCGGCUACGGAGCGGAUACGAGCGAGAACACAAGCGGCUGGAGUCUUGGGCCCUGACGUUGCGCGAGCUCCUAUUGCUUUAUCGAAGGAAAAUUCGGGUCGAAAAGAUGGUCGUUUGAUAUGAUAAAUUUUUUUGCAUGUGGUUUUUAGCCAUACAUGUUAUCUGAGGGUUUGUUACCUUGCUGCAACUGCAGUGUGGCGAAUGAAUAAUGACAGACUGAAUCACAUAGCCAGUCUCCUUUGAAGGGGGGCGAGGUGGACUGAGGUGGACUGAUAACCAUCUAAACGGAUAUCUCAAAAUUGUACCUCGGAGAUUAUUGUAAUGUAACGGUCUCCUUGGUCUUACCUAUAACUUUACGUAACGUACUUCAUAUCGUCUUAUUUUAAGCACCCGGACUUGAGCUGGAAAUAUGGAUAAAUUAACAAUUAUAUCAGGAUGUUUGUUUCUGGCAGCGGAUAUCUUUGCAAUCGCCAGCAUUGCAAACCCGGACUGGAUCAACACAGGCGAAUCUGCAGGUGCCCUGACGGUGGGCCUGGUGCGGCAGUGUCAAACCAUCCAUGGACGGGACCGCACCUGUAUCCCUCCGCGGCUGCCCCCUGAGUGGGUCACCACGCUGUUCUUCAUCAUCAUGGGGAUCAUCUCUCUCACUGUGACCUGCGGCCUGCUGGUGGCAUCCCACUGGCGUCGCGAGGCCACCAAGUACGCCCGAUGGAUCGCCUUCACUGGAAUGAUCCUGUUCUGUAUGGCAGCGCUCAUCUUCCCCAUCGGCUUCUACAUCAACGAAGUGGGAGGCCAGCCGUACAAGCUGCCCAACAACACAGUGGUGGGUUCCUCCUACGUCCUGUUUGUCCUCUCCAUCUUCUUCACCAUAGUGGGACUACUUUUCGCCGGCAAGGUGUGUCUGCCCGGCUGACUGCCACUGCUGCUCUGCUGCCUGGACCUUAAACGGGGGCCGAGGAAAAGCGUACAAAGAAGAUAAAUAAAACACACAAGGAGGACAAACAAAAUGGAUGACAGAAAAAGCAAAACACUGGCCACAAAGCAGGGAUGGUGUGUCCCUGAAGGACGGGUGUGACGAUAUGCCGCUGGGAUGGUUAACACUGAAUAAGGUUCAGAUGGACAUGGAUGGACAUUGAUGCGGUAGAACUGACUCAAGGCACUUUGGGGGGCCAAUAGGGCAAUAUAGCCGUUCUCCCUCCCAGCCUUAGCUUAUUUAAAACAUGUUCUUCUAACGAUGUUGUUGCACUUUGGAGACCAAUGUGGGAGACAGAUGUCUGCUCCAUGGGAGGGGUGAGUUGUGCUGGGGGGCUUUGUGACGAUAAGACAGAACGACAGCCGUCCGUAACCCGACGUCACCUUUUUUCCGAGGCUCACUGCUUCACCGUUCCCUAAUACUCCCUCAGCAAGAAAACCAACCGCUACCGGCUUCUUGCGCUAUUUCAGUUGUGUUUUAGUUUCUUCCUUUUUGUGUUUGUUUUUUUUUUCUUUUGGGAGGUUUGUUGCUUUUUCCAAUUUUUUUUUCCACUGAGGUGGUUUGAGGUGAAGUGAAUUUCUGCAGCAGCUGGCCGAGUAUGGGGAAAAAGCCUGGGAUGGGAUGCACCUCCGCCAAGGGUAGAUGGGAACCAGGGGUUUGAGAGAGGAUGUUGGUUAAGAUAACAUCCUUGGUGGCGUCCUGGCUGGUCGGGCAAGAGCAAGUCCCUCAGGAAGAGGGAGGGUAGACUGCCACCUUAGCCUUGCCAUCUACACCCUUGACUUAACCCCAGCACCGUGUAGGAUCCCAGCAAGAGCGCCUUUUUUGGGAAGAAAGGGCGGGGGGGGGGGGCGGGGAGUAGGACACCUAGGUCGUGUGGAACAAAUCUCUUUAUCUGACCAGGCGUCACACAGUCAGGCAAGCACCUACCUGCUGCUUCAACAGGAGAUGGAAAAGGGAAUGAAGACUUACCGACCUGGAUUAUUAAGGAUAAUUAUUACUAUUGGAUAAGGACUGUAGUCAUAUUUGUUUAGUUUUUGCUUUGUUAUCUAGACUAGGCACCUGGGACUGCAGGUCAAGUCCUUGUGUGGGGCUGUGCCUCACUACUGUUCUGUGCCCGAUGCUUGUGAACACACACUACUGACUGACGCACCAAACACACACACACACACACACACCCAUUCACGCUCACACACAUUCACUCAUGCACACACAUUCUCCCAUCCAUGCCCACACAAACACAUGUUUUGGGUUUUAUCAGUCUUAGAGAUGUGCAUUUCAGUCCCGCUUUUCUUUGUGUUGGUCUGUAUGAGAUGGAUUGAUUUUUGAUUGUGCCAUGAUCUGUUUUUUUUCAAUUCACAAUGCAGAAUUUCUGUUUUAGGAAGCACUGUGCGUUCAACGAUAAUAUAAUAGCCUAAAGCAGAACACGAUGCACCACAAAUGUAAAAAAAACACACAAAAAAACAGAACUUCUUACCUCAUUGUUUUCUUUUUCAAACUUUUAACGUUACUAUUAUUGUUUUCUAAACCAUGGCAAUACUUGCCCUAUAAGGUGUCUUGCCUUGAUCAGACAUCUAGGCAUAGAGCUUAUGAUCAAUGCAAAUUAUUUAUCUUUCACUGAAUAAAAAGAGAAAGAAA